UAUAUGUAAAUGUCACUGUCAUUCCUGAUUUGUGUUUAUAACCUGUGGUGGUUGGAGGAGGAAUUUACACGAUUCGAACAAAAAUAUUAUUAUAAGAAAAUGGCGGAAGUGGAAGAAAAAGUGGUGAUGACACCUAAAUGCAAGUCUGCAAAUUCAACAACCCUGGUGAUUGAGAGGAAAGCAGUUGAACCAGAAGUCAGUGAUAAAAUCCAUGUGGCUGGAGGAGAUCAUACAGGGAUUAUUAUCAAUAAGGAAAAAAAAUAUGAGAAUGGAGUGACGGAACCUUGCCAUGCGCAGUUAGAAUUCUACGUGUAUUUGGUGUCUGGCGCGACAGGAACCCACACAAGGGAAGCGCGCGCGCUACGUUUCUGGUUCAAACCAAAUAUGCCACCUAAUGAAAGGCCUUACGAAGCACAAGCUUUCUUCCGAGAACUUGUUAGCCCUCAAGAUUUUCCUAAAGAUUACGUGGGUUACAUUAAAAAGAUAAUGAAACUGAUGCAGCACAAAUAUAACCAACUUAAAUUAUUAGAAGUAGAGUUAAGACAAGAGGCAGCCGGACCGCCUUUACCUGCGUACAUUGAAGAUAGUGUGUUGAAUCAAACGCAAGUGAUCUCAGAACAGAGAGUAUUGGACAUGAUAGAAAAUGCAUAUCCCAACCCAUUGACUGUUGACGAUUUUGUCACAGCGGGGAAAUGGUCGAAGGCAGACGUGAAAGACGCUUUGGAAGCGUUAGAGGAGAAAGGUCUGACACGGGCCAUGUCAGAAGGCGUUUACGUCCGACAGCAUAGUGUAGAUACACAGGUUGUGAAACAAAUGCCACAAUUGUGUUCAUCGCGCCAGCCAAGUAUAGCAGUUAUAACCGCGUUGUACUGCGAGAAACAAGCCGUCGAUGCCAUGAUGGAUAACCAGGAGACCUACGUGCGGUACACCACUGUUGGCGAAUCCAACGUGUACACUUUGGGCACCAUCGGCAACCAUCGGGUGGUGACCACUAAGCUGCCAUCCGUGGGUCGAACUCGAGAAGCAAUGACAGCUGCUGGUAACACCACCACAAGACUGCUUGGUAUCUUCCAAAAGGUGGAAUAUGUGUUUCUAGUCGGCGUUGGAGGCGGGGUUCCUCAUUAUACAGAUUAUGCCAGACACGUCCGUCUCGGCGAUGUCGUGGUGUCAUCACCCGCGCCCGAUUUACCAGACAAAUACGUUUACAUAUUCUGCGAGAAAGCAGAGAAGAACGCGAAAGGUGGAUGGGACUAUGAAGUGAAGCCCUACAAACCAGCCGAUUUCCUUCUGCAAGAUAUUGCCUUGCGCCUGAGCAACGCUAAACCUCUGUGGGACGCGUUCGUUAGUGAAGGCUUGGAACGACUUCGAGGCGUGCCUGGAAGAUGGGAGGCUCCUGAAGGCGCCACAGACCGUCUCUGCGUGGACAUCGGCGAGGGUGCCUUCAUCGAAGUGUCUCACCCAGCACCACAGGGAGAUCAAGUUGACAGAGCUGGCGGUGGUCUUCGAGUCCAUCUGUCGCCUGUAGCAGGUGGCCGUGCAGUGAGUGGAACUGGGGAGGCGCGAGCGGCCUUCGCUGCGCAUGCGCGAGCCCUCGCCUACGACUGCGAGCUGGAUGCCGUACUCGACAGCGUCGUUGGCAACAGGAAGGAUUGCUUUGUUUCUAUUCGAGGCAUAUCAGAUUACCGUGACGGUACUCGAGGCAAGGAUUGGCAGCCUCACGCUGCCCUUGCAGCUGCGGCCGUAAUGAAAGCAAUCGUUGCCGCAAUGCCGCCACCUACCGACUAAACGAAACGAACAGCAUCACGCAAGUAUUCGGAUGGCAUUUACUUAGGAAAAUUUAUAAUGUGUGUCUUUUUAUUAGAUGCUGUCACAGAGUAAUUGGAUGGAGUUUUUUGUUAUGUGUAUUUCAAUUGAGUUUUUAUUAGGAACUGUAGGGUCCCUACAAAUGUUUAAGAACUUAAAUGUACCUAACUCUAAUAUUAUAUUUUUACCGUUUAUUGUUUAGAGUGAUACCCUUAGUAUUAUUACUAACUUUACCUAAAAGAUAGGCAUUAAACUACGAUUUUUGACGAUUUGGUUUGGACACUCCAUUUGUUCAUUACUCUGUGUCACUGUAUUUUUAACUUUUGACUAAUGUAUUCACGGCAAUAAUCUACAAAAAAUAUAAUAUAAUGCUGUUGGAUACGUUAUUAGAUUUUUUUUCAGCCUGUGUCAAGCACACGUUUUUUUUUAACUUGAACGGUAUUUUAAUAGUAGUAAAGUUGAUUUUUGUAGUUGACAUUUAUAUUACGUGUAGAAGGCUAAUAUUUAAAUUCAUGUUUUGACUGCACUAUAUUAUUAUAUUUUGGUCUUGACGUAUAAAAAAUAAGGUAGUAUAAUAAACCAUUCCAAAAUCUCAUCCUUUAGCCUAAUCUGAUCCAGUAGAAAAUAUAAAAAAAAUCGAAUAGGUACACUUGCAUAUUUCAGUGUUGCAAGUUGACAGAAUAGAUUUACUAAUAAUGUUGCAAUAUUUGAAAUUGUUUACUCUACAAAUAAUUACCACUUACAAAAAUAAAAUGUUUCUUAAAUGAAUAAUUAUCUCUGGUAGUUAUUAAUGUAUAACAAAUUUACUAAAUCUAAGUAAUAUCUAAUGUAAAGGGUUUACUUGCCUUAGCGUCGGCUGUUAUAAAAGUAGUGAAAAUGUUAUUAUUAUCUUACUAUUUAAUAGAUAUUUACAAAGUUAUAGGAUAGUUCUUAAUAGUGCUAAAGUACACAUAGGCCUUUAUGAAAAUAAAAGUUAAUUGUGUGGAAAAAAAUAAAAAAAAUGUAGAAACAAUUUCCACAUAAGUCCUAAGGACAAAAACUAGUACUUCUCUUGCAUGUAAUAUAUCUAGCAGAUCAACCUACUUCUUUUUGACAAAUUCCGACUUAUAUUAUUGACAUAAGGUCCAAAUCCAGUAAAAAUAUUCAUAAAUUAAGAUUAGGUUGAUCAGCUGGCUUUCUCUGUCCAUGCAAGAGAAACAGCACCAAUUUCGUUAAGACUAAUACAAAAUUUAUUUAAAGACUGUUGACAAUUUCCAAUUCAAUGGUACUAUUUCUUCGAAAUACUUGAUUUUAUUUAGUAUUAAUGCAUGUUAAGUUUAUUUGCUUUUUGUGUUGUGUUGUGUUGCCAAAACAAUAUCCAUAAAUAAGGGCUCAAAUAUUAAACAUGUCUUCCCUCGUUUACAGUUGAGAUUACAUUAGUAAAUUAUUUUACAUUAUUUAAAAAAUAGUUACCAAUUUUCAGAUUAAUAUUAUAAUUCCAGUUCGUAUUAUUUUUGUUUUAUUAAAAGUUAUUUUACAGUAUUGUCAUGUCUCACCUUAAGAAAUUAGUGUUGCCAAUAGUUUCAUUUUGCCCGAGCUUAGAAUGUACCUUAGAAUAGUAUAAUUAAAUUAUAAGUAUGUAUGUAAUAUUUCAACAAGUAAUUUAUUACGUUAUUUAUGAACACUAACUCACUGCCAUCAAUGGCCUAUUUAUAUUAAUAUAAGAUUAACUUUGUUAUUGGUCGAUGUUAUAUAAAAAUAUGUAAUACAUAUUGAAAAACCAAAGUUUAGACAUUUGGCUGUUUUUUGACAACCUGGUCUAGUCGCCUAAAAUGUAAACAUUUUGUUGAAAUAUUUUAUUUACACGUAAUUAUUAAGAAUCAUUGAUCUAUAUGUAAAUUGUGAAGUCACAUAGUUUUAUUCUCGUUGAAGUUUGUAAACAUAUUUUCAUCAUCUUGAUCGAACUCUCACAUUUCAUAUUUGUUUAAUAUUCAUUGGGGCCAUAUUUUCCGAAUGUUGAGAAUCGUUGACAUUAUUUUGAAUUGUAUUAAACAUUUUGCUUUUGUUUUAGUGUGUUAAAACAAUACCUAAUUGUAAAAUCAUGUUAAAUUAUUCUCAUUGAUUGAUAUUAUUUCGUUAAAACAGUUGUUAGAACUGUUUAGCAAGCUAUUAUAUUGUCAGCCUAUUAUUGUAUUGCACAAAUAAAAUAUUAAAAAAAUA